AUGAUUCGUUCUUUAUUUUUACCAACAUAUAAUAGAAUAUCAAUGGGCGUAAAACGAGAUAAUGUACCUUUACUUGAUUUACCAUUUGAUGAUUCACAAAAUGAUAUCAAUACAACAUCAAUGCCAGCAGUUGACAUCGAACAACCAUCAUUAACAACAACAUCAAAUGGAACUUGUUCCAAUGAUUAUGGUGCACAUCUACGUGCAAAGUUACGAUUUUUUUUAAUGUCACCAUGUUGGAAAUGGCAUUUAAAACGGCAAUGUCCAUGGAAAGCAUGGUUUCAAUUUAUUAAAAUUAUUAUUCUUACUACACAGUUAAUUCUGUUUGGUAUUGAAAGACAAUCACAUGUUGUAUUUAUUUCUGAAAGUAAUAUAACAUUUCAUCAUUUAUUUGUUCGUGGUUGGAGUUCAAAUGAUGAAACAUUACCAUAUCCAAGAGCAUCAGGAGAUUUUGCUGUUUAUACUACUCAUGAGUUUAUUCGUUCAAUUAAUUAUGUUGUACAUCGAUUUAAUAAUUUAACAAAUAUAUCAUCGGGUUUAUUUGAUUAUCAUGAUCAUUCAAUACAAAAAUUAUCUAAUCCUGAUUCAGAAUCAAGUGAACAUUACAUUACUCUAUGUUUAGAUCGUUUUAAAACAUGUCAAAUUGAUCCAAGUUCACAUAUGUAUAUAUUAGAUGCUGAAAUUGAAAAUACUUGUUUUACAUUUAACGCAACAAAUACUUUUGAUGUUGAAGAAUAUUUAUUAAACAUACAUAAUGAAACAAUAAAUUAUUGUGGACUUAAUUUAUUAACACUUGAAUUUGCUAUACAUGCUAUUCAACUUAAAAAUGAAAGACUAUUUAGUUUACCUGAUUGUUAUCAUUUUUCAGUUAAAGUAACAUUUGAUAAUAAUGCUCGAACAGGAAAAAUUCGUCAACAUCUUAAUUCUGACGCAAAAUUUCGUACAUGUAAUAGAAAAUUAAUACAUCAAAAUGCAGAUUUUACAUUAGUGCGGCGUAAUUUAUUGAUUUUUUUGGAUUGUGUAGUUUUAUUUAUAACUAUUAUUUCAUUUAUUCUUUGUAUACGAUCAUUAUGGUUUGGACAUCAUUUAUGUAAAGAAAUUCGUUUAUAUUAUUCUUUAGCACGAACUCAAGAAAAGCCAUUAGCUUGGAGUGAAUUACAAAUUUUCUAUUCAUUUUGGUAUUUUCUUAUGAUAAUAACAGAUUUAAUGGUUAUACCAGGAACUAUUAUUAAAAUUGGAAUUUUAUUUAAAGUAAAGUGA